UAGCUAUGAAUGAAUUUGUUUUUCCCCCUUCGACUAACUGGAAUCAUCCUCAGAUCUCAGAUUGUUCUGAAAAUAUCUACACUUAUGCUGCACGAAAUAGAGUUGUAGUUUUUGAAAUUCUCAAAGAAUUUCCAAAACAACUAAAGUUCUUGCUACAGUUCGAUGCGCACAAAGAUAAGGUUCUUGCUAUCAGAUGUGCGAAAACCGCAGUUACGGAGGGAAACUCAGUCGGUUACAUUUCGACAAUAGGGGAAGAGGGGUUCCUGAGAGUGUGGAAUAUUCAGAUUAACGAAGUCAAGUUGAUGUAUCAGCAUAGCUGUCACAAGCAUAAGUUAUCGGCCUUAGCGUGGAAAUUAUUGGACAAACAAGAAGUUGAGCGUUCGUUUACCGCAUCUGGAGAUUUCAAGGGAGCAGUUAUUUUGUUCUCAUUAGAAAAUCGGAAUUUUCAAUACAGAAGUUGCGAUAACAGAGCAGUAACAUGCCUGCAGUUUGCACCUGGAUGUCAAAAUCCUCAUCUAUUGGCUGCUGGCUACCAAGGGGGAAUGUUAGUGCUAUUUGACACAAGCCAUGCAAAUCUCGACGUAGUCUGCAAGCUGAGAUCUGCUGACGAAAAAAUUGAAAGUCUAAGCUGGUGCCCUGAUCUGAGAAAAGAGGAGUUGCAAAUGACAUGGAUUCCAAACCUAGUCAGUUCCUCGGCUGACAGACUACUUCGGUUUUACCACGUGAAAACAUCGGGAGACCUGACAUCUAACGAAACUAGGUCCCUGUUUUAUAAACGACUUCCAGGAAAACCGGGGUCUAAAAAGCCGAGAAAUGACUCAGAACAUGGCAGUAGCAAAUUGUUCUUUAUUGCGAACUGGGUGCAAAGAGCCAAUGUUCUCACGAGCUCCUUAACUGGGGAGCUCAUAGCUUGGAACAUUAAAUUUAAUUUAGAAAAAGGACUGGUGAAUUCAGAAGGCUCUGUAAAUAAUGACAGAAGAGUUUUUGUUGAUUUCAAAGUUGCAGACGAGUCAUCUGAAGGUGGCCAUAACAGAGCGAUUCAGUCCAUAACUGCAAAUAAAGAUCUGGUUUUCACCCAUGGCAUGGACCGAUAUCUAUGCAUGUGGGAUAUCUCUAGCAUGAAGAACAUUUCGAUCAUCACUACCAUCGGAGGAUCCGUGUUUGACAUGGAUGUUUCGCCUGUUUCCAAAACUUGGCUGGCAAUUGCAUCUGGAGGUGGCUAUUUGUUAGUCUGGAAUUCGAGGCUGGCCUCUCAAGAGGUGGAUUCAAGUGGAAACAGUUUAGAUAGCAGGUUGAAGAUGUUACAUGUAUGGCAAGGAUACAAAACCAAGGUGACGGUGGUGUGUUUUCAUCCGUCCAAAGAAGGUUUGGUCGCAUUCGGCACUGAAGAUGGCAAAGUGGGGCUGUAUGACGUCACAAACAACAGAGGGGCAUCCACUUCCACUACAUUCCACUCGUCAACUGUGUAUGCCCUCUCCUUCGGGCCGGCGCCUGAAACUGUUACUGAUGAUACUGCGGACAGCAAUGAAACAGAGCAAUCGGAAGAAAAAUCAACAGGAGUUAAGACUAAUAAGAAGUACGUCGACUUGUACAGCUGUGCGAGUGAUGGUAAAGUCUUCAUUCACAACCCCUCAGCACUCAAUGAAGCUGCCAGAAAUCUGAACUCUAUUUUGGAAACAAAACACGGCAAAGCAUUUGACGAGCAGAGAAGCGCAAUCAGCUGGAGCCACGAUAACUUACAUUUGGCAGUCGGAAAUAACAAUGGAACAGUGGAAAUAUUGGAUUCAAAUCUAAAUUAUGUUGCUAUAAUAGAGCUACAUACAAGUGCAAUAUAUCAUUUAGCAUGGCAGUAUCCUGAUGUCAAUGAUGCGCAAGAAAGCUCCGUUUGGUUAGCCGUCAGUUCAAAAAACGACAUGAAAAUCAACGUUGUCGAUAUUUCGAGUAUCUUGAGGCAAAAGCAAGAUAAAAAUGCAGAAACUGGCAAUGAAGCUCCAGUUAUUUCGAAUGUUUUUUGUCAGUUGUUCGGUCACAAGAAGAAAAUUGGCAAGAUUCAAUGGUCGCCUCACGAGAGACAAACACUUCUCUCAACUUCAAACGAUGGGAGCGUGCAAAUGUGGAAAAUUUCACCGUCGGGUCAAUAUGAGUGUGCUGGAAACUAUCUCCAGAAUGCAGAUGCAUCUGCAACAUGUGCCAAGUUCUCCUUGUCUGAUUCGGACUUAAUUUACUCUGGAGGAACUGACUUCAUUAUGCAUUGUUGGCGUCCUUCAAAACAAGAAAGAAAAGCCCCAGAAGUUUUCAAGAGUAACGUUUUAAUAGAUAUUGAAAAUGCUGGCCUUGUAGAGAAUCGUUCGGAAGUAAUGCCUGAUAUGAAUGGGAAUCAUAUCGCAAAUGAUGCUGAUAACGAGCAAAGUUCGCUCAAUGAAGCGAAGACACAGAAAGAGUCAUCGGGUUUUGAAAAUAUCAGAGGCACCGCUAUCACUCCGAAAGCAGACGAAGGUGCAGGUGAUUCGAAAGUUAGUCUCGCGCGACGACCGAAGCUGAAAACUUUUCUGAAACAAUUAGGAAAUAGUCCGAAAGUCUUUCAGGCCAUUCAAGAAACAAGAAAAGUGUUCGAAUCCAAAGAAAAGGCGAAGAAUGUAACGGAAAAUCCUGACAAUGUUGGUGUUGAAAACUACGAUGGUGAUAGCGAAGAUUCUUUUCACGGAAUGUUCUGUGGGGCUAGUGGUGCUGUAGGUUUGUUGAAAAGUGAGGCUAAAUUAUGCGAGGAAGCGAGCGAUUUUGAAGGGCAAUCUGAUGUGCUGCUUUUACAAGGCAGUGUAGAACAGGCUAUCGAUGUGGCAAUCGCAAAAGGUUCAUUAAGUGAAAAGCACAUUGCGGCUUCGUUCAUGGGUGGUUUCAAGUUGUGGCGCAAAUGUGUGGAGGCAUUGCUUGAUCAGAGCAGAAAAAACGGAAACGUGAAUGACGCAUGUCAGUACCUGUUAAUGUUGAACCGAGUACACCAAGCGAUCAAGCUGAUGGCAGAUAACGGAAAAUUGAAAGACGCAGUCGUGAUAGGAACAUUUCGACUACCAGCUGGCGAUCCUUAUUUGAGGAAACUUCACGAGGAAUUAGCGACUAACUCAGAAAAGAGUCAGAACUUUGAAACAGCUGCUCAGUGCUACUUGACACUCGGAGAUUACGAAAGAGCAGCCCGACUUCUGACUACGAGAAACCACGUUGAAGCCAAUUUAUUAGCCUUGGAUAUUACAAUGGUCACUGAGAACGCAUCAGCUGACAGGGUGGAAUACCUUAUGAACAUAUGCGUCGUGAAGCUGUUAUUGGGCUUCGAGUUUAGCAGAGCUCAAGAGUUGAUACAGAACGAAAAGUUGACUGCAUUUCAAUCGGCCGACAUCUUGAAAUUUUCCAUUCAAGUAGUGAAAUUGUUCACGGCGGAGGCUGAGAAGUGCAUGAAUAUUCAGUUAAUCGAGAAUCGUAAUACUGAAUCUUCGAAAGUAUUUGAAGUUCCCGCAAAUAGUUCGGAUGAAGUUGCUACAACAAUUGAAUCGAGGUUCGAUCGAUUUCUCUUGGAAUUCUGUGGAAAAUUGAAAAAAGCUGAUUUAGAAAAAGAACCCGCAAGCAAUGAAUAUAGCGAUUGUGUCAUUUAUUUGGACAGAACAUUGCCUCAACUUUUAAAGCUCAAAUCGACUGCUGAUAUAAUUCAUGUCUCCAAUAUCAAUGCGAAAAUGUGCAAGUCAUUUCUAGUGGCGGUUCUGGAAAUAGUUUUGAUCAUUAUUGAGACGAGAGCUCAAAACGAGGAAGCAGCUGAUGUCUUGGUUUUCCCUAUAAUUGAGACUAUUUUGAAAGAGAAAUUCAGACCCUUGAUUGGAGAACCAAAUGCUGAUAAAUGAUAUUAUUUACAGCUUCAACUGACUGAAAGUUAAUUUAUUCUUUGUUUUCUGCGAAUGAAUCAAAUUUGAUUUAGUUUCUUAAAGUUUAGUUUUGUUCUAGUUCGUUUUAAAAACAAUUCCUACUUGGAGUUUCUCAUAUA